AAGAAAGAGAGAGAGUGAGAGCCACCUUACGCUAGUUCGUCAGGGACCUUCUGUCGAGACGGAGUACCGAACCUCUCCGGGGACAAGUCUUCGUGACAAUUGCGAUCAAUCAGGCUGGCAUUGUCUGAAACGUGACCGCACAUUACCAGUCGGAAGAGCCUGAGACGCUCGUCGGCGACCGAGCGGUCGAGACGUGCUUCGUCGAUCUUCUCGUAGAGAGAAGCAUCGGAUUUGCGCUCGCGAUCGUCAUCGAUUACCACCCGCCGACUUUCUCCAUAAGCUAUAAAAGCUAACGACUCGACGAAACCGUACGACACAACGAGACACAACGAGAUCGUUAACUCGGAGGAUCGAGUCAGGAUCGAGCGACAACUCAAGGAUCUCAAGCGGGCGACUGUACUGGAGGAGACAGCUUCGUUGGAAAGAAAAAGUCCCAAGGGGACACAAGUACACGACUGUGAUUCGCGAAACCUAUAAGCAACGAAUUAAAAAUAUUUCAUCGCUGUACCUCGUGCUGUCGAAUCUGCAACGUCCUGGUGCCCUGGAGAACCGAACUACUCCAGACUGCGAAUCGACCGCGCGAUCACCGCUUCAGCCGGGAUCGAUCGCAAACAGAUAUCUUGCGAUCGAUAAAACGAUCGCGACCACUUUUGGGACAGGUGAGGAAGAAGAAGAGGAAGAAGAAGAGGAAGACGAAGAAGAAGAAGAAGAAGAAGAAGAAGACAAGAAAAGAAACUCGCGUGCCCGUGAUCGCCCGGUAUCAAUGCAUCCCAGACAGUGGGAAGGGUUGAUCGUACCGGGAAGUCAACGUUGCCUCGAGACGGUGGCCCGAUAUCGUCUACGAAGUAUGUCAUGAUCGUUUCCCCAUGAGAGAUACCAAUCUCGGCAUCGUCAUAACGAUCAUCGUCGUGAUCACGUCCUACCUGCUGUGUCUGCGGCAACGUUCGACGUCGUCGUCCGAGAAAAAGUGCCAGACUGUGAUACUACCCCGUGUGAUAGAGCAAUCAUCUUGUGAUCCCGCGUUUACCUCAACGUACUCAAUGUCCGCGAAUCGAUUGAACGUGCUGGUGACCCUGAUGCUCGCCGUCGCGCUUCUUGUGACGGAAUCAGGAAAUGCACAGGUGGAUGGCUAUCUCCAAUUCAACCCAAAGCGAUCCGCCGUGAGCUCGCCGCAGAAGUAUUGCGGCAAAAAGCUUUCUAAUGCUCUACAGAUAAUCUGUGAUGGCGUGUACAAUUCCAUGUUUAAGAAGAGUGGUCAAGAGAUGGAAAUGGCCGAUUACCCGCUCGCCUAUGAUAUUUCCCCGUAUCUUCCGCCGUUCCUGUCGCGAGCGAGGGCACGGGGAAUGUUAGACGGUCGCUUCGCCGGCAGACGCUACCGAAGGGAGUCGCGGGGCAUUCACGAGGAGUGUUGCAUCAACGGAUGUACGAUAAACGAAUUGACCAGCUACUGCGGCCCCUAAGCGUGCGUUCGGUAACCGGUAACCCUUCGACUUCCGCUUUUAUUGUUCGAUCACCAUGCAAACCGAAAUAAUCCCAAAACACACACGCUCCCCCUCCUCAACACGCGCAUAUACCCACACACAUGUACACACUCACACACAUGUACACACACAAACACACACACACACACACACACAGAGGGAUGUACACAUACAUUUCACAUUACGUACGAUACACUUUGAAAAAUUCACCGGUAAACCGCAUCAUCGCUCACGCUGGAGACUGACUCGUGAUAAUUGUGUACACAUUUAUGUAUCUGCGAUGAAACUGACUGUUUAAACGCAUGAUCGUGCGCGGGAUUGUAAUCUCGUUUUUUCUUAAUUUCCUGUGGACGAGAGGGCAGCGGAAAGAACGCAUCGGGAGAUCGUUUAAAAUAAUAUUGGAAGGUGACAUCAUAAGAAAUUCUGCUUCUUUUAAAUUAACGACAUUUGCACGACCAAUGACAUAAUUUUUCGCGAUUGACAAUGCUUAUUAAGCGCUUUACUUGGCAACAGAUUAUAUAAAGAAAGAAGCAAAUUUUGUUUGAUAGAACUUAAUUUUCUCUACGAUUUCUGUUCCAAAUAUUCCAAAUUUGAAUCGUUCUUCCUUCUCUUGCUCUUGUCUGCAGCUAUAAAAUAUUUAAGACGAGAAUCUUUUUGUAUUGCAAAUCUAAUUUGAAAACGGAAAUUAAUUUUACUGUAUCGAACACCAUCGAAAACGCUCGAAAAUUGUUAAUGAUUUCUUCAAAAGACGCUAUUCAAAUUAUUUAUACCGCUUAAAAUAGUGUGUGACACGUAUGUCAAUUUUUUUUACGAUCAAAAGAAGCAGCACUAGCGUUCAUAUUUGCGAAUCAACCUGCGAAAGUUGAAACGAAGAAAAGAUCAAAUGUUAAAAAGAAAAAUCAAACGCGAUCUGUAUGCGCGUGUCUAACGCGUGUGAGCACGCGUAAUUACGGCGGCGAUCAUCGUGCGUCACGUAAAAAAUAGAGGACGUGCAUGUCGGCGAUGUCACGCGACUUCAUGCUUGCCUUGUCUGACGAAAUCAUACAAUCUUGGAUCUGAAUAUUGAUUCUACCUUCUUUAUUUUUUUCAUUUACCGAACAGGCAGCAUCAGAUGACAUUCCCCGCCGCGCGCGUAACUCGCGCUUUUCUUAUUUCGACCUGCGAGAGUUCUUGCGUACCGCUCUCGACCACUCUCUGCGUACGCGUACACCGUUAGCGAAUGUCCGGCUCGCGAUUUAGAAAUGUCGGAGAAUCUUUUCGCGAUUAUCGGCUGGAUACAGUCUCACUCGCAUGGUGAUUUUUUUGCCGACGAAGCACAGAAAGAAACAGCUCGAUAGUUUAGUUUCUUGUAACUGUAACUUCCCCCCCUUUUUUUUAAAUGCCAAAUUUGAGAUUCGUUUAACGAUCAGAAGCGCGACGAGUCGCACGGCGAUGCGCAAUGCCAUCGCGAUCGGUGAACGAAUGUCGAAUUUAAUAGGACACUAUUGUAGCUUGCGUUAUUUUUAAUCUGCCAGAGGCUGUGACGAUUUCAAGGGGCAUCUACGACUGUACUGCAUAUGGUGAUAUUAUUCUUAUUCGUAGAACCUGUAUUCUCAAUGAUUAUCCUUCGAGGAAUAGACCGGGAUAGGAAAGUUCGCGUCAUAUUGUAUUGCUCGUCUCGGAAUGUAUCUGGCGAACUUGAUAUUACAAACUGAAUACGAUUGUACAGAAGAAUCAAAGUCUUAAGCCGAUAUUCGUAAACUAAUGUUACUUCAAGAGCAUCUUAAAUAGUGCCAUAAGAUGCUAAUACGGCUCUGUGAUUGGUUGACGACAGACAUCUUAAGACAACACUUGAGACGGUCUUAAAUAUAAGAAUCGAUUGUGUAUAUCGGUAGGUGAUUGGUUAAUGACGUCUUAAGAUUAUAUUUAAGAUCUUAAAUAUAAGAACCGUUUAUGAAUACUGGCCGAAGACAUUGGUUCACUGCAAGAACUGGUACAAGUCCAAAAUUUGCAACGUUUAUUUUAAGUAUUUCGAAAAAAAUUGUAUCCAAAGGAAGUCAAUCGUGCAUAAAUUUAUUUCAUUGUUACAUCGAAUUCUUUUAUUAAAUUUGAUUGCUAGAUAAUGAUUGGAGUCGCGUCCACGCAUACGACGAUACGAUGCGAUGCGAUAAGGGUGAGUUUACCUGGAAGCAUGAAACAUGGUUCUAGGAAAACAAACCUUCUCGUUUGCAUGACGAGUUGUGUAAACGAAAACUUGGCAGCACCGGGAAGACCACGAGUCCCGCCGUCCCACCUCGAGAGGCAUUUACGUUUUCGAUAAUACAAGCGUAUGUAGUAAAGAAUAAUUUUAAUUGAGAGAGGGUGUGUGAAUACGUAUACGGUGAAUAAUAACGAAUACAAGCCGAAAUCUGAUUUAUUUGGCUGUCGAUCUUGGGUCUUUGAACGCACGAAGGGAAAAGAAAACAAAAGAAACGAACACAGGCGAAUACUGUCCAAGGAAAACUGAGGUGAAUAAACUCGACGCGCCAUGAAUCAAAUAACAUGAUUCGUGGUGCAUUCGUGGUGCAUUCGUGGUGCAUUAUGCGAUCAUUCGCUCGAGACGUUUUUAUUCGUUGAUAUCGAUUUAUUUCUAUCGACAGUGCUGACUUUCCGCUACGUAUUGAGUGAUCUCUAAAUCGCAUGCCAUUUACCUCGUCACGCAUAUCUAGCGUAAAAGCACGUUUCAUUCCGAAGUAUAUAUGUAUACCGUUAUGCUUUAUCACCGAACUUGUUUUAGCGCUUCUCCCGAUUAACCGAAUCUCCUUCCUCUGUCCGUAUCGUAGGUAGGUCUACAAGCUUGCGAAGGAAUAGCGGACAGCUAAUCCGGAGUAAGUUUUGACGCAGUCCAUCUCGUCGCGAUUCGCGAGGAAAGUUCGGUAACGUGGCAAAUUCGAAAAAGCGCCUCACGUGCACUCUCGCCACUAUCGCGAAAAGACGAUGCACAGUUGUGCGUUAAUUUCUUUUUAUUUGUAUAAUUCAUAAUUUCUAUGCGUUCUCGUCUCGAGAAGUUUUGGAAAAGGCCAUUCGAAAAAUUGUUUUAUCCUUAGUCGUUAGAACGAAAACUGUGAGUAUGCAUGCGUUAUGUAUAUCAAUCUUUUUCGAAUUUACGGUUCGCCGAAUGUUCUCCUUACCAAUCAUAAUGUCCAUCUCCACGCGCGCUUCUCGCCUAUUCGUCGUCAGACCUCUCAUUGAAUAACUCGACAAGGUGAUUAUAACCGCCAAGGUCGUAAGUUAUUGAUUAGAUGCCAAUUAUCGUAAUCGUUUAUUAUUGAUCAUCAUCGAGAUUAUUAUGUUCCAUUUGCCGCGUUAGCGCAGUCAUGAUCAUUUUUAUCAUUCCUCAUCCCCGUCACCCCGUGUCAUCGUCAUAACGAGAUGUGAUUUAUAUGCAUCGCUAACGUUGCUGCCGAGCUUGCUUGAGCGCAUUUCGACCGCGCUUCCCGCGUUCUAUUUUCGCACUAUUUUUUCCCACACCCCCCGUCCCGCCUUUUCGUUUAAUUUCGGCAAUCUCCCUCGCGCGAUGACUGUAACAUAGCGGUGACGAGCGAGGGUCGAGAAACGAUGAAGACAGUCAAGUCGGAUGAUGUAUAAACGAUGACGGGCAAAAUUUUUUUAACGGCACAGAGAGUAAGAUAAUCAACUGUCUCGACCGACCAAUAUCAGAAGACCAGAUAUAUAUAUAUAUAUAUAUAUAUAUAUAUAUAUGAUAUAUAUAUAUAUGUUACACGUGCAAAGAAUCAAACAGCCACUAGAUAGCUUCGAGUCUAAUACCGACGCGACGGCUAUGAAGAGGCAGCGAUUGAUUGAUGCGAAACGAGAUCUAUGCGAAGUAUAAACGAAUAUCCGUUUCCGAUAUUUCCCGCAUUGUCUGCCGAUAGACUGUGUUUAUAGAGGCUCGGCUUCAUCGUUCGCCUCGGCCCCGGUCGCACGUCGCCCGGUCUUUCGGUGCGGAGAUACGCGGUAGCCCUUUUAACGCUGCGGCUGCGAACGAGAGACAACUCAGACGCGCUCCGGCGAGAGAGGAGCGACGAUAUAUAAACUACUACUACUUUGUAGGGCACAGGCGAUGUGUGAUUUGUAUAUUGAGAUGUACUUCAACUUAAACGGUAAAUAAUGAAAAUCGUUCCCAAGAA